AUGGCAAUGCUGCUGCCAGUGCCGGGACGCCCGUCGGGGCUUUGCUUAUUCCUGCUGCUCUUACAGGUAAGAGGGGCCUCACGGGGCGCUGCUCGGCGAGAGGGUCCAGCCUCCCCGCUGCCGCUGAAGCCCACCCUGCUCUCCGAGAGGGAGCCUUUCUCCUUUCUUCAAACUAUUUCUGUUCAAACUUUUGGGUUAAAUGUAGUGUACAGAUAUAUGUAUAGAUAGCAAAUAAUAAUAAUUAAUAAUAAAUAAUGUAGUAAACGGGCGACGGGCGGGGAAGUUUUGUGCAGAGAACAUAAGCUUGCAGUGUUGCAUCCCACAGUUUGAAAUAAAGGUCACAGUUUCAAACAUAGUCCUUCUCUGAAGCUGUGGUACAAUAAAGAUAUUAUUAUGUUAUCCCAAAAUAACUUUCCAGAAGGAAGUAGGAGUCAGUGGUGGGCUGCAGUCAUGUUCCUUUUGGACCACAUGAAUUAUAAAACAAUUCACCUUCUGAAAACUAUAUUUUUGGUUGUGGAAGGUUUAUUUGACUUAGUUGUCAGUCAAGACAAUGGUCCGGAUUUGUCUCCUUUCAGGUUACAAUUUGCUUGUUUCCAUUUUCUUGCUACCACUGUACGUGCCAGAAAGGUUCAUAUGAUUUGAAGAGAAACCAGAAAGUGAAAUUGACAUUAUUUGAAACCUAUUGCGAUUUCUUCCUUAGUGAAAAUGUAUAAAAGAGCCAUUAAGGGGGCUGGUGCUAAAGUUUGUCCUGUAUUUAAUGUAAUUUCACAAAAACCUUUUGCCCAGAACCGCUUUAUUAAAGGGUUAUGUCCACCACAUAUGUUAGAAUGUACCUGGAUCCCCCCCCCCUUGCAGCACGAUAGAUGAGUUAUCAAGGUGUGAGGAAUCGGUACCACCUUUGUGCAAAUUUUAUCUUUUACUUUGAUUGGAGAGAAAUGAAAGGAUCUUUCCCCAUGUAAUUGUUCAUGAACUUACCUGUCAUUGUUCUUGUAUCAUAAGAGACCCUUUGACCAUCAUUGGUGCCCCUAAAACAUUCCCCCUGCCCCAACCAAGAUAGAUACUAAAGAGUUAUGUGAGUAGCCUUGGUUAGAAAGUUUGAAAGAGAUGUGGGCAAAAUGCUUAACUGUCUCAGGUGGAAGGAUUUGGGGGCUCUCUCCGACUCACCACGAAAAAAGUUCUAUCAGGCAGGCUUAAAAGUGGCUGCUUUCCUUGAAGCUCGAGGGAGGUGGUUUUUGCUGCCUCUUGAUUCAUCCUUAUUUUUCCUGCAUGCUAGGCUGGAAGGUGGCUUUGUGAGGAGAUGGCAGCCCCGUGUCAACCAGGCUUCAGUCAACAGACUUACACUUUCAAUGUGCCCAGGUCUAACUUGGAAAGAUAUCGUGUGUUGGGCAAGGGUAAGAGAUAUUUCUUAAUACUCCUUCUCUCCUUAAGAUUUCCAUUUGUGGGUGGGGCAUUCUGCCUUUACUUGUCCAUAAUCACAGAAUAACCUUGUCAAAUUUGCUGUGUAGCCCAGUCUCUUUCUUUAAAACACAGUAAUGUAUUUAGGGGGCUGGAUUCAUCAUUCUGCUAAGUAUGCUAAAGAUCAGAGCCCAAGCCCCCUGCUGUGAUGUCACUGUCUGGGAGUUUCCAGGGACAAGAAAGUGCCCUGUUUCCUUAAUGUUAUUGCAGCUCAUUCUUCUGGCGAAGGAUGACUCACAACCGAUAAGUGUGAACAAUCCUGUGAGAAAAAACAGGCUGUAGCAGCCAUAAGGUAAAUACAAAUAAUAACAGAAAUUACAUGCCCUGGGCUUUGGCUCACUUGUAGAUUCACUGGAUGAUUACUUCCUCCUUCUGUAAGGGGAAACUGAUUGACUGCUGGGCAAGCUAUUCUUUCUUCUGUAAAAUGGGUAUAACAACUUGCCUUUCAAGGUGAUAGGGAUAAUGAAAAGGCUAUUCUGCAAAGCACAAAAAGUGCAAGUUUAUGAAUGAUAAAUGGAAGAAAGUUGGUGAAUCUAGACUCUCAGCUCAGCUGCAUAUGAAUAUGUGUCCAGCUGGGAGCGCAGAUUGCCACCUAAGAAGCUCUGCUCUCAUAUUUUGGGCAAGUUAGUGGUACCAGGUUUUUGCCCCUUAAUCUGAAGCACUGCUGUUGUCUGCUUGUGACUGGACUGGAGGAGACUGCUCUUCAGUCCUUUGGUAUAAACCUAAGUAGUUUAUAGAGACAGGAGGAGACAUUUUGAGCCACCAAAGUGUUAACAAGAAGUUCAGGUAGCUUCAAACCUGCCCUUUCCCCUCCAGCGAUUCAAGGUGGAGCCUGAUGGUAGAGAGACGCUGACUUGUUCCAACCCGCAGCUGCUGGGUGUGUUGCUUGUGUUUGUUCAUCUGAACUUUGACUAUCGCUCUUGACUGGUUACCUGGCAGCCCAAUCAGGGGCUUCCUGCUUUUCUGCUUAUCGUAGUUUCGUUAGCAUGACAAGGCGGGCUGCGGGCCAUGUCAAUAAUCCUUUGUGAAUCAUUUACCUUGUUUCACAUGGAAUCGGCUUGGAGUCUUAUUUUCCGUUCUGCUAUGAAAAAGAUUGGCUCUUGACUGUUGACCUUGGCUGGUGAUCAUGAAAUAAUCCUGAAUUUGAGCUGGCUUUGCAGGUCGCUAUCCUAUGUCCUGACCUCUUCUUCUCCAUGUCCUCUUACCCUGGUUGAAUGCAAAGCCAGGCCCCUGAAAUAAUAAUCACCAUCAUGCUUAUGCAGCUUUUAUUAUUGGCAUUUCAUCAAAUAAAGCUUAAGACAGCCAAACUUUUAAGUAACAGAUCUUACUAGUAAUGUCAAGACUUUUAAAAAAGAGGCUUUUGAAAGUCUUGCCCUUCCCCAUGUUCUUUCUUGCCAGUUACUAAAAUCCAUUCUUAUCAACACUAUUAGUGAAUGUGGGGACAGUGGAUCAAAGUGUUCACAGACAUUGUGCAACGCAGGUUUUUGGCUGCCCUGUGCUGUCUGGGGUUGAUGGGAGUUGUAGUCCAAAACAUCUAGACUUGGGAAGGCCAUUCUUUGCUCCUGUGAAAGGGAAGGGGCUCCCUUUUUCAGUGGUGAUUAACUGAUUUUAAAGGGACAGAUUUAAGCCUCAGGUAAGCAAGCUAAACUUGACUCAGUUUCUUGGCAAGAAUGUGGUACACACCCAAUGCAGUUGAUCUUAACUGCAAAGUGGAGUUAGCACACUUGUCUCAAAAUGCAGACAAAGUGGGAGGGAGAGACAUACUAAUUUUCGUUCUUAGUGCUAAGUUGGAUAAGGCAGAGGGGGAAGCAGAGAAAGUUGUAUAAAUGCACAUAUUGCUCAUCAUCACAAUGAAGCUAAUGACAUGAGCUUAGAAAAUAUUUUAUUGGCUUCCAACAAACCAGAGACUCGGGCAUUCUGAAACAUUUUUCCAGAAUCGGAAACCUUUUCGUGGUUAACUGUGAAAGUGUAAAGGCUGUUAAAAGGCACAAGAGUCCUGAAGGAAACCAACAAUUGGCAUAGCUGAUGGCAGAACACUGGACGUUUAGCAGCCAGGCAUGUAAAUAACAACUGCCCACUUCCUGCUAGAAUGGUGUAUCUUUUUUGUUUAUAGGCAUUUUUGUUCAUUAACAUGGUCUUUAGCGCAUCUUAGUGCAGGGUGCAAGAGUUGCUGUAUUGAUCCUGGAACAAGAGCAGUCAGCGCUCAGUAGAAAAGCACCUGCUUGCAAGUGGAAAGUACCAGCUUCAAUCGCAGGCACUGCCAACUUGUAGUGCUAGGAAGAACCUUGGGAAACCACUGCCAGUCAGAGUUGGCAGGACCAGGCACUCCUUAAAAGUGAGUGAGUGCCAUACUAUGGUGCUACUUAGUGGAGGAUUCUACAAGCUUUUGAAUUGCACAGAACUCUUCAUCAGGACAUAGAAGGAUAUCACUACUUAUUUGGAUGUACUUGAUUGCCCUUUACCUUCUCCCCCCACACCCCACCCAGUUAAGGAGGACAGUGGGUGUCCUACCGAUGAUGACACAAUGCCUCUGCGUGUGAAUAUGCAUGCAAUACUUCCUGCUUGUUUUUGUAUUGCAAAAUUAGAGGGAAGCUGAGUCAGGUUGUCGUGUGCGUGUGUGUGUGUAAAUUGCACUUGUGCCUCCCACAAUUGAACUGCUUAUCACAGGCUUUUGGGGGUUGUUGCCAGUGAGUCAGUGCUGGUGAUUUCCUGCUAUGGUAACAAAUGUGAGAGUUGCUUGGCGUUGUGGUGAAAGGACUGGGCUGCAACCAAGGAAGUAAUCUGGUUGAACCUCAGCUUUGCUACAAACUCACUAGGCUGCCUUGGGCAGUAUGCAUCUGUAUACCAGUGGCUAGAAACUGUCGGAUGGGAGAGUGCGCUUGUGCUCAGUCUCUGUCACCCUAUCUGCAAUAUUGGGGGAGUUAAUAAUACUGAUCUACCUUAUAGGGUUGCUGUAUAGUGCCUGCAAAGCACUUUGUGCACUUGAAAGAACUAUACAAAGUGUUUACAGGUAACUCACAGCUCAGGAACAUUUAACUGGUGCGCAUUCAGCACAUUUGUGUUUGGCAAAUUAAAAUGAAUAAAUAAACAGGGGUUUCAAAAGCGGGCAGGCAUCUGGGGGGGGGGAGACUUUGACAAUCCCAUCUACCAUUGAACUCAAUGUGUUUUGACUAUACAUGAGUUUUGGUUUUAGGUGCUUUCCCCAAAAUGUAACCCCAUCAUAAGUUGAGAGUCAACUGCAUAUAAAAAGUUGAGAGUCACCUGCAUGAGAUACUGUGAUGCUGACCUGAGCCAAAUGGUACCACUUUAGAGGUUUUUAAGGCUCCCACUCUGAUGAAAGGGCACAUGACAAUGAAACAGUUACAUUUAGGAAAACACUCCAAACUCUCCCUGGAAUCUAGGAAGCUCCAUGGAAGUGAAGUUGCAUUUUUUGCCAGAUGGCGCCUGAAAGAUCUGUCUAGGUAUUUGUGGGUGAGUUAGAGCCUUAUUGCUCACCGCCUUGGCCUUGGCCAACUCCUGAUAAGGCUGCCCAAGAUAAAGGUCCACUGCUGAACCCAUUUGAAAGGCUGUCCAGUUGAAGUUAGGGAUGUAGGAAGCUGGAAGCUUCAGAUCAUUCGCCUAUCUAGUUCAGUAUUGUCUAUGCUGACUGGCAGCAAUGGCUGUCCAGGUUUCCAGGCAGGGAACCUCCCCAGUCCUCACUGAAGGUGAUUCUUCCAGGCAUUGAACUCAAGACCUUUUUAUAUGCAGAGCAGAUGCUCAGCCACAGCCCUUCCUCAACAGUGAGCAUCCAGACAACAGGCACGCAGGGCACCCAGGGAACAGCCUUUUCUUUUCUUAUUUUAAAAAAAGUUUUUUAUUUAUACAACAAGAAAAACAAACAAACAAAAAACACAAAUACCAAAUUAUACACAAAUUACAAAAAUAACCAUAGACACAUAAUAUUCUUAGCAAACAAUAAAACAUCUAUUGGUCUUAACACUAAAGACCCAACCUCCCAUCUAUUCCAUACUUCAAAUUCAUAUUACUUAUUGCCAAUACACAUUUUUUUUUCAUAAUUAAACUUAUUCUCAUUAAAUCUAAUUUCUUAUAUCUACCUUACAACUAUUACUGAAGUUCCUUGAAUGCUGCAACAGAAUUUAAACUACUAUAUUUAUUUUUCAGAUAUUCUUUAAAAACCUCCCAUUUAGAAACAAAUUCCUGUUUUGAUUUAUUCUUUAUUUUUUCUGAUAAACCAUCUAAUUCAGCAUAUUCUGUCAGCUUUUGGAUCCAAUCUUGAAUAGAGGGGAUUUCAUUACUCUUCCAUUUUGCUGCAAUCAAAACUCUUGCUGCCGCCGUCACAUAUAAAAAGAUAUCCUUCCUCUUUUGUGGAAUAUCCAAAUCUGUUAUUCCCAGGAGGUAGGCCUCUGGUUUUUUAUUGAAAGAGAUCUUUAGCAUUUUUUGCAGUUCUGCAUGUAUACUCUCCCAGAAUACCUGUAUUUUCCUACAUAUCCACCACAUAUUGAAGAAAGGGGGAACAGCCUUUUCAAUCGUGUAUUGCUAUCUAAAUUAUAGUUAGGAAUUUUAAAAAUGUGCAUCUCUGCAUAUAAAUCAGUGUAUGCAAAUGAUAUUUAAAUGUAUGUUUUGUUUUCCAAUUGUAAUUGGCAACCUGGUGCCUUUCACAUGUUUUGGAUUACAGCUUCCACCAGUCCCAGCCAGCACAUCGGCCGCGGCUAUUGGAAGCUGUAUUUCAAAGCAUGUGAAAAAGUAUGAGGCUGGGUUCUAAGUUUGUCCUCCAACAAAAGUUGUAAGACAACAGUAGCUAAAGGUGUAUUGCUCCUUGUAGGAGACCUUUUGGUAAGAGGUGACUGGAUUUUUCUCCUCCAGACAUCUUUGUAUUUGCUGGUUGGUGGAAAUAAAUAUGGACAGUGUCCCUUUGUUCUUGUCUGGGGCAAAACACUCAGUGCCUCCCCUGCAGCAGCUGCUGCUCUGUGCAGUGGGCUGCACUGUUUCCACCAGGGUGGAGAUACAAAACAGGUAAGCCAGUAUUUGAGCAGGCAUGUGGAAACUUUGAGAUGUACAUGGGCAAUUGCCUGAUGAAGUCUGUGUGACUUAAAAGCUUGCAUAAUUCUGUAUCACCUUGAGCUUUUCCCGAAGAGCUAUGAUCUUUUUUGGGGUGGUGGAUGUGGUAUCCACAAUAUUCUCUCUUUUUUUUUUAAAUGAUAUUUAUUAAAGUUUCAAAAAAGGUUACAAAAAUAAGAAGAAGAAAAAAGAAAAGAAAAAAUACAAAAUACAGAAAAAUAAAAACACUUAAAAACAAAUCAAUCUUUCCAUGUCAUGUCUUUCAUUUACUUGUUUCCCUGACCUCCUCACACCUCCCUUUUUUGUAUUCCAGUUCAGUUAGUUAAUUCAGCAAAUCCUUUCCCUCUUUGUUUUUAUCCUAAUCCUUUAACUUAAUAUAUUGUAACUUUGGAUUCUUACCUGUUAACAAACCAUUUUUACAUACUCCUUUAUAACAUUGCUGCUAAAACCACUUGACUUCAUUCUGACAUCAUUCUAACAUUCAUUAAUUUUGCAGUAUUUCUGUAAAUAGUCUUUAAAUUUCUUCCAAUCUUCUUCCACCGACUCUUCUCCCUGGUCUCGGAUUCUGCCAGUCAUUUCCGCCAGUUCCAUAUAGUCCAUCACCUUCAUCUGCCAUUCUUCCAGGGUGGGUAGAUCUUGUGUCUUCCAAUACUUUGCAAUGAGAAUUCUUGCUGCUGUUGUGGCAUACAUAAAGAAAAUUCUAUCCUUCUUUGGCACCAAUUGGCUGACAAUGCCCAGGAGAAAGGCGUAUCCACAAUAUUCUCUCUCCUUUCACUGAGUAGGUGAAAGCAAGCAAACUCUAAUCUAUUUGGGAUCUGGUGCACACACUGGCUGGGCACAGGGUUUCAAAUUAAGUAGCACUUAAGCCCCAGAGGGGUGCACCUGGGCAGCCCUUUAGCUGAACUCUUUCAGAUGUGGCAGCCAAGACAGGGGUUGAUGAUAGGGUGAGAUCCCCCAGCCCUGCUAAUCCUCAGAGGUGCUGCACUUCAAAGGCCCUUGAUUGGAGCAAAGGGCUUUCCGCAGGCCUAACAAACUGGCCUGUAAUUAGGCAAUAAUCUCUCUAUCUCUCUUGUGUGCAUUUUUUCAGCAGGUGUGUGUCUCUGUGUAGCCAUUCCUUGUUUCUGUCACCCAGCUGGAGCUAAACUCAGCUAGCUUCAGGGCUGUAACACUGGCUGAUUUAAAGAGCCCUGUUCGCACAGAGAGAGAGAGAGAGAGAGAGAGAGAGAGAGAGAGAGAGAGUUUGUAUUUUGAGGAACUUAUCUGACUGGGUUGGAAACUUAUCCCCUUUUUUUUAAUCAAGGGACUGAUCGACUACAGCUGACCCUCUUUGUUUUGCACUAAAGUGUGCUCCCCCAGGAAGUAGUAGAAGGUGGCAGUAACUCCCCAAAACUCGAGUAGGAUUCUGGGGCUGAAAAAUUCACCUGGCCAGCCAGAUUGCCUGCCCUGGUGCAAGUUUCAACCCUGCUCAAAUGACAAACUCCCCCCACCAGCAACUUCAGAUUAAAACUGUGUCUUAGAUUCAGAGGAGAGGAAAAUGCAUUCCUGGUCCUUUCUGCAGGAACAAAAUAGUCCUGGAGUGUAAAAGUGAAACCUGUCCAGUGAGCUUCCUCGAAUCCCCUGAGAGGUUCUGGUCCUCCCUUUUGCUUUGUUCCCUUGUUGAUUUUGAUCUGGAAUGACAUGUGCCAAAACAAAGGGAUUCAUGUGACUUUGGAGAGAGUCACUGAUUUCCCAGGCUAGAGAGCGUCAGAUUCCAAGCCCCCGAUGGCUCACUUCCACCUACUGAAUUUCUGUCUGUGUGCAAACAUAUGACAGCCGCCUGAAUCAGUUUUCAGGUGAAACACUUGUUCUGUGAGUUUCAGAGUCAUGGCGAAAGUCCAGGGUGACGUCACUGCUCAAACACAGAGCCUGUGUCUCGAUGCAAGAGGAGAGUGGGGCAACCAUGUCUGGUCGCACAGUCUGUCUGUCCUUCUUCCUUCACCGACCAUUUCAGAUGACGGAGUGCAUUUUUGCCAUUGAGUAUAGAAUUUAACCACAAAGAUAUGCAUGGUUCAAAUGCAGCAGCUGAUGCUACAAGUUGGCGUCCCAACAGAUGCCAGGUGAGAUCUUAUUGGAUCCACUUUGGUUGUAUUAAGUGCUUGAGCUCCAGAGAUGGGCAGAACUCCAACUUAUAAGGAAGCUGUCUUUGUUCUAAACCAGUAUCUGGUGGCAGUAACGGACUGGAUAAGGGUGAAUAAGUUGAUAUUUAAGACAGAGGUACUCCUGGUCAGUUGGAAGAUCGAUCAGGGAGUAGGGCUUCAGCUCCCCUUGUGGACUCAGCAUUGCAAUUUGGGUGCACUCCUGUAUUCUGCCCUGAACCUGUUAUCCAGCUUUCAGCAGUUGCCAGGAGUGCAUUUGCACAAUUAUGGCUCAUGCACCAACUAUGUCUGUUUCUUGAGAUGUCAGAUCUGGCCACAGUGAUGCUUCAACUGGUCCAGAAGCUUCAACUGGUCCAGAAUGCUGCAGUCAGUCUGCUAACUGGGGCUGGAUACAGGAAGCAUGUUUUCCCCUGGGCACAAUUCAAGAUGCUGGUUAUGACAUAUAAAGCCCUCUAUAGCUUGGGCCUGGGUUACUUGAAAGAUCACUUCUCCUUUUCUGCACCUGCCUGGGUGCCAAGUUCCUCAGAUGAGCACCUUCUCUGGGUCCCAUCAACAUCGGAAACAUGGUUAGUGGUGACAUGAGAGAGUCUUUUCUGUAGCUGCUCCGAUAUAGUGGAAUUCCCUCCCAAGAGAGGAUAGAGUUGCUCCCUUGUUAUCUUUCUACCAGCAGCUUAAAGGUAAAGGGACCCCUGACCAUUAAGUCCAGUUGCGGACGAUUCUGGGGUUGCGGCUCUCAUCUCGCUUUACUGGCCGAGGGAGCCGGCGUUUGUCCGCAGACAGCUUCCGGGUCAUGUGGCCAGCGUGACUAAGCCGCUUCUGGUGAACCAGAGCAGCGCACGGAAACACCAUUUACCUUCCCGCUGGAGCGGUACCUAUAUAUCUAAUUGCACUUGACAUGCUUUCGAACUGCUAGGUUGGCAGGAGCUGGGACCUAGCAACAAGAGCUCACCCUGUCGCAGGGAUUCGAACCGCCAACCUUCUGAUCGGCAAGCCCUAGGCUCAGUGGUUUAGACCACAGCGCUUAGGACCUUCCUAUUCAGACAGGCCUAUAGAAACUAGGUGCAGGUGAUGUUGACCACUGCGCUGCUAUCGGAAUGACUGGUAUUUUAGUGCUGGUUCUAAAUAUGCUUUAUUGUAUUUUAAUGAUUGUUUUUAGCUAGAUUUUAUUACUUUGACUCGUUUUUAUUACUUUGUACAAGGACAUUUUUAAUAUGUUGUAAACCACCUUGAAUCCCAGUUUGGGAGAAAGGUGAGAUAGAAAUGCAUUGGAUAAAUGAAUAAAUAAUAUUGGAAGCUGUUGAUUCUGUGCAUAGGGAAGUGGAGCCUUGUUUUGGUCCUGUCGUCUUCUGGGCUGGGGGACAUGGGGAGAUGACUCUCCUCAGGGAUUCUCCAGGGUGGUGCUACCCAUAUUUGGUGCUGUGUGAAAGAAUUCUUGGUUUCUCAGACAUUUACAGUCAGGAGCCACAGCUAAUGCUUUCGGGUGUGGGUGUUCUUUGAAGCUGAUAACAAGCCACAACCAGGGGCAUGGAUCUGCUUUCUUGCUGCCUAUUAUUUGCCGGGGCUUUCUCUUUCCAUACCAGAGGAAUUAAAACUCGGUGAAUGCCUCAUUCUCUUUUCCUGAGCAGAGCAGCAGAAGGCCCAAGAAGCAAGUUUGUUUUUUCAAAGAAGAGUGAGUCAUUUUAGCCCUCAAUGAACCGAAGAUAAGGUCUUUAUUUCAUGCGUGGGGUAGAGGUAUGGGAACUUUGGCCCUGAUAAUGUAUGCCAUGGCUGCUCCCUUUUCUCUCCCCCCCCCCCACCCCGCCAAAAUAUCCACACCGAGUCUCCAGACUUUGUUUUGAGAAAAUGGACUGAGAUUCAAGGUCAAGCCAGCUGUUCUUGCAAAUCCAUCAUUCACAGCAGAGAAAUUCAGUCUGGAAGAUGCUGAGAGAAGGGGGAGCAGUGGGGCACACACACCCCAUCUUGCCAAGGGUCAUAAUGGAGUAGCCUCCCUUGGAUGUUGUGGGGCAGCUGCUUGAGGCAUAAACAUCCUGAGGUGCCCAGUCCUAAUUAGACCUGUCUGUGUGUUGUGCUGCUAUUGUGGUGUCCACUUCAGUGUCUAUAGGGAAACGGGCGCUCUCCUUCCAUUAAGCACUUAAGGGGUUCCGUCCUAAAUGGAUGCUGGUGUCAUGAAGAUACCAUAGGCUUCUUUUUCUUUCUUCAGUGUAAUUAUUUCCAAAUUGCUCCCUUUUGAGGAGGAAAUAAUGCUGUCGUGUUUUGAUGCCCAGAUGCUUUUCUUUCACAACUUUUGCCUUUCUGGAUUUCAGAAUUAUGAAAUUCAGAGUAGACCUAUUUAAAUUAAGGAACCUAAGUUAGUCAUGUCCAUUAAUUUGAACGGGUCAACUCAGAAUAGAACUAACAUUGGAAACAGCCUGACAUAUUUUGCAAGAGAGAUGUAUAUAUCCGUAAAAAUAUUUUAAUUUAAUUUUUUUAAAAAAACCUUUUAGGUAGUGAUUUCAUAAUUGGUUUUAUUUUUUGUAGUUACUAGAAUCCUAUAAGUCUGGUUUUGAAUUUGUUCACUGCUACAUCAUUCAAAUCCGCACUUGUCCAUGAAGCUCCCUGGGUGACCUUGGGCCCAGUCGCUGCCUUUCAGCCAAACCUACCUCACAGGGUUGUUGUGGGGAUUAAAUGAGGGGUGAACCAUGUACACCACCUCGGGCUUCUUAGAGAAAAAGCUGGGAUAUAAAUACAAAAAAAACCCCUAUUCAUUUUAAAGAAGACAAAUGUCCAUACUUUUAUACUGUAUUUUUAUGCUGUGAACCACCCUAAGAUCUACAAGUACAGGAUGGCAUACAAAUUUAGUAAAUAAUAAUAAUAAUAUUUUUCUUCAGCAAACCCUGAAAGGCACAUAUGAGUAGAACAUUAUUUCAUUUAUUCAUUUAAUAAUUUAUUUAAUAAUAAAUUUAAUAACUUAAUGCCAAAAUUGGCUUGUAAACCACUUACAAGUAUAAAAACCAUUAUGCAAGCAGUAAAAUAUAAGCACCCAGAAUCAAACUACACAAUCAAGCAAUCCCUAUUAAAACAUAGCCAUAUUUGCAGGUGCCCUUGGUCGACAGAUUACCAAUUGACAAUGUGUGAUACCUGUUAAAAAUAUUCAUGAGAAUAUGAGAAUCAUGAUUAAGAUCCACCAUAUUCUCCACACACAUAGAUAAAUUCAGUUAAGACCAUACAUUUUGUUAAUUAAAAACAUACUUCUGGAUUCUUUGCAGAUGAUCCAGACAAUGCUUUCAUGUUGUUUCAUGCAGGCUUUGCUGUGCAGCCAGUGAAGGCCAGUGUAUGGUCUGAUCUUGGGGCACAGAGUUCGAGGGAAAGCUUUGAAACUGGCUGUUUUGCAGAGGGGUUUGCAUGCAUUUUGGAACCUCUCAUGUGUUGGCUCAUGUACUUCUGAAUGGAGAUAACAUGGGAGCUUCUGCAUGAGGUGCUCUGCCAGUGAACAGCAGCCCUUCUCCCCCCCCCCCCCUUUUUAGAGGAAGCUGCCUUAUUUCAGGUCCAAUUGUUGGUCCAUCCCAGCACUGUCUCCUCUGACUGGGGUUUCUAGCAGAGGAGGCUCUUUCCCAUCACCUUCCCGCCCUAUUGUGCCUUGAACCUGGCAAUGCUGCCAGGCAGGGAUUGAACUUGGAAUUUCCCACCUGCAACGCUCCCACUGAGCUAUGACAACUCCCCUACUUUCUUCUUUUCUCUGCCUGGAUGUUCCAAGAAACAUGGGGACAGAUUCUGUGUUGGGAUUCUGGUGUUGCUUUUAACGCCCUCUAGCAAAUGCAGACUAUACGUAGUGCGUCCUUGGAGCCACUGGGUGGGGAGGGUGACAGCUGCUGAUUCAGGGCCUGCCGCAUCCUGCCUAGGCAUGGCUCAGUAGGAAUGUGCUCUGCUUCAGAAGUAGGGCAGCUGGAGGAACCGGCUUAGCGCUGCUCUCUUCCUCUGAGCAAAGUGGAGUCCAUUCAAAGCUGAUGCUGAAUAUGCCAUCCAUCACAUAUGUCGUCUAUCAUCAUUGCCUAGCACCCAGGCUUAGCUCUGGAGCCAUGUCUGCGUGCAAAGGGAGGGUUCUUGGUCCUGAGUGCCUCCAGGGGCAGCAAUCUUUUUCCAACCGGGAAGCUGCUGGGGUGCUGCCAGCGCUGGGAAAGGAGUGUUCAGGUGUCCCUCAAAACAGCCACACCUUUGUAAUAGAAAUGCAUUUUGUAGAAAAAAGAAAGGAAAGGUGCCAGCAAGGAGAAGCUUCCCAGAGGCAGAGGGAAAGAACACAAACACACAUGCAUGCACACACACAAGCCACAUGACUGAGAUUCCCCCUGGAAAAAUCUACAACUGGCACAGUCCACUUUGUCCUUCCCACAAGCCUCCAUUCCUUUAAUAGGAACUGGGGCAGAACAGCUCUCUCCAGGGUGCCCAAAGUAUCUUUCUAAUACAUGUGAUCUAGAAAAGGGUUAACAUGGUGAAGGAAGAUGUUCUUUCGGAAGCUGACUCCAAGAAGAAAGGAAAUAACCAUCAUCAUCCCCAGCAGCAGCACCCCCAAAUAGGCCUGGCUGUGGGCCCAGGGAAGUUUUCAAUGGUUAUUGAGUUUCUUAUAUUUUGUUGGGAGCUGCCCAGAGUGGCUAGGGAAACCCAGAGAGAUGGGUGGUAUAUAAAUAAUAAUAAGAUGAUGAUGAUGCACCUGCUUUGCAUAGCAAAGGAUGUUCCCAAGUCCAGUUUGCAACUUCACAGGUAGCAGAACUUUCUCUGUCUGGGGUGGUGGAUAACAGCUGUGCUGGCUGGGGCUGAUGGAAGAUGUAGUCCAAAACAUCUGGAGGGUACCAAAGUUUUUGGGAAAGUUGCCCUUGAGUGUCCUGGUGCCGGAGGCAAAAAAAAUCCCAGAUGCUACCCAUCACCUCCCUCCACCAGUAAAACCAGGGCACCAACCAAUUCUGCUGGUUACAAUCAAGAUUUGGGAUGUCAUGGCUGUAGCAAAGUGAAGGGAGCUUGAGCUGCAAGUGGAGCCUUGCUGGCAGCCCAUUGCAGCUCUUGCUUGCAUACCUUUGUAGGGUACUAUGCCUGCAUCUGCGGGGCCCUCUGCAGCCUCUUUGCUUAGCCCACAGUCAAACGUGGCACGAGCUUCCUGCUUGCCAGUUGUGACUGCGGUAGACUUUGUCCACAGGUCAGCUCCUGGUAGUACUCUGCAUGCUAAACUCUGAUCGCUUCCUCCUUUCAUGGAUGUGGGCAGAGGCGGUUUUAAUCCACAGCUUCUGGAUCUGUGGAACUUGAGUGGUUCUUUGGGAGAUGGGAGAGCAGGUGAGCCCUGCCAGCCUCACCUGCAAGGGCUGCCCAGCUAAUAAAGAGAGUGAUGGUGCUGAACUGGCAACAGCUCCUUGUAAUGGCUCUUGCAGCUUUGCAGGGUGGUCAUUGCUACUUUCUAGUUAAUGAGUGGAUAUUUGUUUUUCAUCCUUAAUCGUGCAUAUUUAAUGCCGGGAACAACUUCAGAUUCUUGCAUUGGGAAAUUUUAUUUUACGUCAAGCUGUUAAUGCUGUGGUUUCUCAACCUUCUUCCUCCAUUUGCUUUCAUUUCCUUAAAGCAGCUUUGGUCAACCUGGUGCCCUCCGGAUGUUUUGGACUGCAGCUGUCCUCAGCCCCUGCUAGCGUGUAGUAAAAAAGCAUCUAUGGAAUCCUAUGUUGGCUAAAGUUGCCAGGUACCCUUCAUAGGUUGUUGGACUACAACUCCUAUCAGGUCCAGCAUCCUACAGCUGUUCUAGCUGGGCUGCUUUAAGGAGGCACUGGUGUUUAGGGCAUAUUGCCUCUGCAGCUGAAAAACCCCAACUCCUUUUUGGGGCAUGCAGAGGGUGCAGCUGUUCCAGGUUAUUGCACAACAUCCCGCAAUAGUUUUCACUUCUGGUGGGUGGUUCUGUUUUUCUGUUCCAAAAGUCUAGCUUCCCUGCCUCCCUCUUGAAAGACUGCAGAUUGAGUCAGUUUGUGUCUUGUGUACAUGUGUAAAUCAGAACAGCCAGCUGUGUGAGCUUCCUCCCUGUUGUCCCAUGUUUGUUUCUUCAUCUUCAUCUAAAAAUUGAUAUACCAACUUUCAUGUGAAGAUCUCAGCGCAGUUCACAAGAAGCAGUGCCCCUUCCAUUAAGUGCAUGAUAUUGCUGCUUUUAGUACUGUCUCUAGGCCAACAGCGGGAGAUGUUUUUCAGCUCAAGGGCCACUUUCCCCUCUGAAAAACUUUCCAGGGACCACAUGCCCAUUGGUGGGUGGGGCCAAGGGCAAAAGUAGGUGGAGAAACAAAUACACAGAUGGCUGCUUUCUACAUCACUCCCCCACCCCCAGACAAGCAAGAGGCAUUGCCAAGAGUUCAAGGUCAUAUUCCAGCCAGGGAAAGACACUUAAGGGGAGCUCUGUGAAGUGUAAAAACAUGCAAUUGUAGAGUUGAAAAAGACCUGAUUCAAAAAUACAUACUCACACCCCUCACACACAAAAACAAUUCUCACUACAGCCAACCAAAGACAACCAACCACACCCUAAGCCACCCCCAGCCUCUCUCACCACCAAGGAAAUACAACAAGUGAAUAGUAAGAGAGCCCAUACAAGUAAGACUGACACAACUCCCUCUACACUAAGUAGAAUAAUAGAAGCAUAACCACCCUACUCCACUCACCAUUCCCCGCUCCCCCGCUCCCCAUUUUUCUUUCUUCUUCCUAAUUGUUUGAACCAAUUCAUGAACCAAGAACUUAUACAUUGACCACUAAUAAUGAAAUGUAUGUUGUAGAUAUUUUUCCACAUUAUGCUAUUUUUGUGAUAUGCAAAUGACAGGAGAAAACUUGGUAUACUCUACUUGUUUGUAUAACAUUCUUGUUUAUAAAACCCAAUUAAAAAAAAAAAGAGUUGGAAAAGACCCAAAGGGUCAUCUAGGCCAACUCCCUGCAAUGCAGAGAACCAAGGCCAGUGGGGUGUGUGGCUUGGGGAAAGCGGUCUGGAAGAGAAGGAUUUGACCCUGAAAGGUCACCAUGAAAGACCUACCCAGCAGUGAGCUUUUGCAGGACUGCCCAGCCUCUGGUUUGGAGGAGGACCCAGAGCCUGUAGCAGCUCCUGGGGUUUGGCCAGGCCUUUUUCUGGAUUCUGACUAUGGCCAGUAUUCUUUUGCCUGGCCCUUCCCACCACCUUCUGCAUUAGUGCAUCCCUCUGCAGUUUUGGCCUCUGCUAUUACCGUUGUCCAUGUUCAUAUUAGUGAGAGAUGCCACUGCAGCUGCCCAACUCCAGCAAUCGAACACCAGUGACUUUCUGGGCAUUUACCGAAUGGGGUUCAGCAUCCAUCUCAAUGACUCCUUUACAUCUUCAUGGCAGAUAACCUUAUGUUGUAGUAGCAUACCUAGUAGCCCAGCCUCCAUAUCUCGCAGCAGUAUACCUUUGAAUGCCAGAUAUGGUGAGCAAGCCCUCUGCUUCAUUCCUUGCAUUAUCUUCUGGCAGCAUCUGCUUGGAUUAUGGGUUGCUGGGACGGCUGUAAAGGAAUCCUUACCUGCUUCUCCUGUUCUGACCAGGCGGAGGAGAGCAAGCAGCUGUGGGGUGGGAGGUUAUUUCUGGAGCUUGUGCACCUUCAAGGGCUGAAAAUGAUACAGUACUGGAGAAACACUGAAGGCCCUACAGUUGCCCUGCUCUGCUUACAGGAAAGUCUCUGAAAACAACUUGUGUGGAAAUCAGUUCAAGGCCCUGCCUGUAGAAGAAAAGCUGCUUCCAAGCCCAUUAGUGACCUGGGACCCAUGAGGAUGCUCUGGCAUUUGUGCUGGAUAACUGACUCACCGUCUUGGGUCAUGUUCUGCUCCCUUGGUCUGCAGAGCUUUGCCUACCUCUCAGGAGUCUGAGUAUGCUUAAUUAAUCCUGUGCCUUCCACUUUACCCUUCUUUUUCUCCUCUUCUCUGUGCUACGAUGCUAGCAAACUAAAUAUUUGUGGGGCUUACUAUUGAGCAAACAUCCAUAGGUUUGUACUGUUGUUCCCCUGUCUUGUCCAUGCAUGUAAGGCCGGAGUACCAAAAAAAUCCACUUUCUGUUCUGAUGCUACCCUGUAUAUGCAGGUGGGGUGGGGGACUGCUGUGUAGCAACAAAGAGCAAGGGCUGAAAUGCCUUCCAAAGGAAUUGCUUGAUUUACUUUAAGGUAUUUACAUAGUGCCCCUCCCAAAGCUGUUUACAUAGAAAUAGUGAAACAAUCAGUAUCGGUUAAUGUUAUAAAAUAAAAUGCCCAAGACAAGCUCCAAGGAUGUUGCUCUCUUGCAGGCUGGAUGUGUAUUUUUUCCAGGCUGGGUGUUGUUGUUGGGGGAUUUGUUUGUGGUCACUAACGGAAGGGAAAAGAAAUCAAAGCCUGAAGGCUUGAUAAUCCUCAUCUUGAGGGCAUUGCACUCUUGCAGAAUCUUAGUACAGUGGUACCUCUGGUUACAUACUUAAUUUGUUCCAGAGGUCCGUUCUUAACCUGAAACUGUUCUUAACCUGAAGCAGCACUUUAGCUAAUGGGGCCUCCCGCUGCUGCUGCUGCGCCGCCGCCAUGCGAUUUCUGUUCUCAUCCUGAAGCAAAGUUCUUAAUCUGAGGUACUAUUUCUGGGUUAGCGGACUCUGUAACCUGAAGCAUCUGUAACCUGAAGCAUAUGUAACCCGAUGUACCACUGUAGUCAAGUUAAGACCAGGAGAGCUGAGGGAGAGAAACAAAACUCCUACAAGCCUUGCAUGGGCUUCAAUAACUUUUGCUUCUAUCGUCUGCAACAUUUGCGUUAACACUAAGUAAGCAGAAAGGGGUAGCCCCAAACUGUGUCUCUCCCUACGUGCCACACAACCAAGCCCUUCAGCCGCUAGCCUGUUUCUCACCAUUCUCCCAAAGUGAACCAUUUCCAAACUGGAGCGGCUGAAACACUUACUAGCUGCGUGCACAGUUGAUGAGUCCGCACCUUGGGAGUGGCGAAAGAUUGUGGAAACUUACCUUGUUUGUGUUGGAAAAGGUGCUUCCUCUGCCCAUAUGUUUGGAGUGUGAGCGCCCCCUGGCUGCAGCAUCUUUGGGAAAGCUUAUUUUGGUAAAAGCCCACCUGCCAGUCCAUCCUCUUACUCCCUAAUUGCUGAAUCUCUGACGCCCCUCCCCAAUCUUUCUCUCUCCUCCCUUUCAUGCAGUAAACUUUGAGGGAUGCUCAGAAAGGACACACCGACCCUUCGCUUCGGACGACACUCGCUUCAGGGUGCGCUCGGAUGGCGUGGUGGUGGUGAAAAGGCCUGUGCAACUCCACGUUCACGAGUGGCACUUCUUCAUCCAUGCCUGGGACGGGGCUGGCAAGAAACACUCUGCCAAGGUGACGCUGCGAAGUCAUGGCCAUGGAUCCCACAAGCAGCAUCCUCAUGCGGUACGGAGCCUUCUGUUCAGAGCCUCCUUCCUCUGCCAGCCUCCCUUGCCUUCUUUGUUUGUCAGGGAGCCUUCCAGAGGUACCAACCAAGGCUUCCAUGAUGAAAUGCCCUGCUUUGUUCAUUCCUUGCUGAGCUAGAGGUGCAUUUAUUUUUAUUUUGCAGGAGCCCUAUUCCCUUGGUCAUGGAGAGGUGCUGACCUUCCCAGUAUCCAGCCCAGGCCUGAGGAGGCAGAAGAGAGACUGGGUCAUCCCACCCAUUGUUUGCUCUGAGAACGAGAGAGGUCCUUUCCCCAAGCAACUGGUGCAGGUAAGUUGAGGUGGCAGCAUCUCCUGGGGUCCCUGCAGGGGCCUGCUUCCCUUUAAGUUACUUUCCUUGAUGCCCAAGUUGGUAAUGUCGUAGGGUCACUGGGGGUUGAACUAGAUGGGCCCAGAUGCAGAACAUGAGUGCUCCAAAAUUACCCCCACUUGUGAUUCCAUGCAGAGGCAUACUACCUCUUGACUGUGGAAGGGGAACAUAAUCAUAGUGGCUAGUAGCUCUUGGUACCCUUAUCCUCCAUCAAUAGUUGACUCUUCUAAAGCCAUCCAUGUUAGUGGCCAUCACUACAUCUUGUUGGCUGUGCAUCAUUGGAGGCUGUCUACUGGGCUCAUGAGCUGCAGGUGCAUCUCCUCUGUUGGUGGGCAGCAAUAUGACAUGCGUCAGGGAAAGGGAUAUGGCAUGUUUCAACCAGCCUUGACCACCUAAUGCUCAGUACCUGUCAUCAUCUUGAUUAUUUUCUCCACCAGAUCCAAUCUAAUAAGAAUAAAGAGACGACAGUCUUCUACAGCAUCACUGGGCAGGGGGCUGACACUCCUCCUGUUGGAGUCUUCACCAUUGAGAGGGAAUCUGGCUGGCUGAAGGUGACCCGCCCACUGGACAGAGAAGAUAUGGACAGAUACGUUGUGAGUCCCUGUGCACUGUUCACGAUCAAGUUUCAGGUUCUUCUUUCAGGGGUUGGAGCUGGCUGUUGGCAGCAUCCAGUGCUUGAGUGCUGCUCCUCUUGCGGGUGGGAGGAAUGGGAGAAGACAUAGGUGAGACAAAAGUCUCCCUUGGGUGCCGUCUAGGGGUUUGUCGGUAGCUGCCAAGCUGUUUGGUGUUUCAUUAGAGCUGGCUUCUCCCAGCCUGACCCCUUCCAGAUAGUUUGUAUUACAACUUCCAUCAGCUCCAAUGAGCACAUGGAGGCUGCCAAAUUAGUGAAAGCUGCGUUGUAGAUUAGAGACAUAUGAAGUUGCCCUAAACGGACCAAACUAUUAGCACAUCUAUUUAUUUCAACCUUAUACCACUUAUAAUUUACCACUUAUACCACUUAUAAUUUAUACCACUUAAUUGUGGUCAUAUCUAAGCAGUAUACAGGAGACCCAGUAUAAGAAGAUUAAAAAUUAGUUUGAAGCAUAAAAUCUGAGUUCAAUUAAAAAGCCUGCUGGAAUAAAAAGUUUCCAUCUAGUUCAAUGGGGGUGGGGUGGGGCCUUUCUGACCUCAACUGGAAGGCCCCAUAGUUCUUAACAUGAGGCUUCUGGUGGAGACAGCCCAUGCAACUAGCAGUGGCUCCCCUGAGUGAGCAGGGAUAUAAAGGAUCAGACUGAUCUAGCUCAGUCUUACCUGCCCUAACUGGUAGCAGGGUCUUGUGGGGAUUGAACCUGGGUCCUUUGGCAUGCAAAGCAAUGGCCCUUCCACAAGGCCCCCCUGCCUGCCUGUUUUCACUCCCCUACCAGAGAAGAUAGUUGCAGUUCUCCUUCAGGAACUUUCAGUCUGAGAAUAUGAUGUCCAUUUGGCAAAUGGGAGAGCAUGUCCUGCCUCCCAUGAGGUGUCUUGGCUGUCUCAGGUUUCUUUGUAGUGAAAUUUCCUCUUGAAAUAUUGGGUGGAUAACUCAUGAAACCCGUAAAGCUUUAGGGGUUAAAAGCUGGGCAUCCUGUUUCUUGAGUCUUGCUAUUUUUUGGAGUGAAGCUGUUAAGGUGCAAAGGAGGAGGCGGCUGUGACAGGGGGACUGACAGAAGCCCUUUGCUGCUGUCCCCAUCGUAUGACUUUUGCUGAGAACAGCAAUGAACUUUCUAUGUCUGUGGUUCCUUCCUUUAAAAAUAGAAAAAAGAGCACUUUUUCUAUUUUUGUGUCCAUACUAGUGAAUUAAUGGCCCUUUGUUGGUUCUCCUCUGCAGCUUUUCUCUCAUGCUGUGUCUGUGAAUGGGCAGCCUGUGGAGGAUCCCAUGGAGAUCAUCAUCAAGGUCAGCGACCAGAAUGACAACAAGCCCAUUUUCACCCAGAGCAUCUUUGAAGGAUCUGUAGCGGAAGGAGCCACGCCAGGUAGGUGUGCGUGUAUAAUUGCAUACAUGUUAGUAAAGGCCAUCGGUGGCUGGUGCCCUUUGGGACUAGUUGGGUGGAAGGCAGUGAGCCCAAUUGUAGGUAGGGUUGCAGUCAAUGAGAGGCAGAGCCAAUGAAUUCUAGCUUUGUCCCCCUGCCCUGCUGAGUUCUACAAGGGCAACACUGAGGCUAAAGGAGAAGGAAGAUGGCAGCCAGUUGCACCUCACCCUCCAGAAUGGAUGCAUUUAACAAGGAGGGCAGAGUGGUUGGGCUAGCUGAGGACAGACAGACAUUUGUGGGCCAGUGCCCCAUUUGUCCUCAUGGACCAGCCUCUAUGGGAAGUUGCUGCAAAUCCUCUCAUUCCUGACCAUUGACCAUGCUAGCCAUUUUCCCAUGAUGGGAAAUGGAGCCCAACUAUGCCUGGGGUCCAUGGCUUCCCCAACCCUGAUUUAUGUGCAUGGCACUACUUCACUGCCCCCCUCUAGUUUAUUGUCCACAAAGCCUGCUCAGGCCAAGCUGUGCUUCCACCUCCUUACGUAGAUUAUGCAGCAGGUAAUGGAGCCCACAGAUCCCUUCAGCUGUCAUGCAGACUGGCAUGAGACUGGUAUGUAUUGUGCUCAGGUGCUCUGUGGCUUAGGAACCUAGCUCAGGGUUGCUGACAGCACAGAAAGUAUGCUGAAACCUUGGAAAGGCACUGUCAGCCCUGCCUGGAGAUGCUGGGGAUGAGAUGCUCACUCUGGAGUGAGUUGCAUUCACUUGGAGAUUGGCACGUCUUUAACAGCUGUCUGGGACAGAAUCUGUUCUGCCUUCCUAACUAGCAUCAAGGCAGGUCCGCCCCCGCCCCCCCGUUUCUGCUUCUCAAAUGCUUUUUUAUGCAUUCCCAGGUACCCCAGUGAUGCAAGUGUCUGCGACGGACAAAGAUGAUGCCGUGAAUACCUACAAUGGGGUCAUCACCUACUUCAUAAUCAGCCAGGAGCCCAAGCAGCCCUACAGUCAGAUGUUCACCAUCAACAAUGAAACAGGGUGGAUCAGUGUGAUCACAACAGGCCUUGACCGAGAGGUGAAUGUCCUGGCUGUGAGCAGGCGGGGGCGGGCAAUGUUUGAGGGUGUCAAUCACUAUCAAGCACACCUGUAGCACUUUCCAAGUCUGCACACUUGCAAUGAAUCACUUGCACUUAAACCCUUUUGGAAGCAGUGAUAAGUAUGCACCUGAUCAAAUGCUGAUUUGAAGCCACCUCUUCACUUAUUAUGUUGUAUGAGUUUAACUGUUGUAAUGAUAAUGAUAAGAAGUGGCUAAUCUAGGCUAAUCUUUUCACACGCAAGCCCCCCUUCCCCAUCGAGAAUUCUCUCUCUGUAAUGUUAACAUAACUUGGUUAUUUGGUUUGCUUUCAGGAAUUCCCCCAGUACACGCUGGUCAUCGAAGCUAGAGACAUGUUAGGAGAAGGCUUAAGUACUACAGGGAAAGCAGUGAUUACUGUCACGGACACGAACGACAACCAGCCAAUAUUUGACCCACUCACGGUAAUGUUGAGGCUUCUCCUACAUCUUCCUUGACCAGUCUGACAUCGCGUCCUACCCUGCCAAAAUCCUCUGUCCCUUCAUCCUGCCUUCUCCAGAAAAGGAGGGGGAGGCCCUGGGGAAGUUCCAGAAUAGCAUCAUCAUAGCAUCUCACUGAGCUGGGCCUCUGCACUCCAGCAAGGCAAAGCCACACUCGGCCUAAGUCAACAUCCUCCUUCUGUCUUCUAGUACGUUUCAACUGUGCCAGAGAACAAGGUGGGAUUCCAAGUUGCCAGGCUUUUGGUGAAAGACGCAGAUCAGCCAGGGACCGUAGCAUGGAAAGCCAAGUACACCAUUGUGAAAGGGAACGAGGAAGGCAACUUUGAAGUGGCUACCGAUCCCCAAACCAAUGAUGGUCUCCUGACAACCAUUAAGGUAAGCCGAAGUCCCUCCUUGAGCUGCAGUCCUCUUAAGCUUCCUGCCUCAUAAGCUGCUGGGACUUCAUGCUUUGCCCUGGUGUUUAGGUGGAUGUUACUGGCACCCCCUGAUUGCAUCAUCUCUCUCUCUCUUUCUCUUGCCUCCUUUCCAGGGUCUGGACUUUGAGGCGAAGGAUCUCUUCACCCUUCUGGUUACUGUGGUGAAUGAAGUUCCCUUCUCGGUGACUCUCCCAACAUCCACGGCCACAAUCACUGUCAACGUAAGGGAUGAGAAUGAAGCCCCCAUCUUUAACCCCCCCGAAAAGUCUGUGACGAAGUCUGAAGACCUCCCUGCUGGGCAGCUGGUGACUACCUAUACCGCUCAGGACCCCGACACAAAUCAAAAGCAGACGGUCAGGUACAGGAAAGGUUCAAAUGCUUUGCAAGGGGGCUAGGUGAGCAGGUUAGCAAGGGAGCGAGUCUCAGGGCAGAGCUGAAGGGUCAGGAGCAGAGCUCAUUCCGCUGUCAGAUAGCUAAAGGGGACAGGAAAGAGCAAGGAAGCAUGUACAAGAGGGAGAAGCCAAGGGAAAAGCUCAUAAGUAGUUCAGAAUACAGCUGCAAGGUUGCUCACAGCAGGUCUUGGAAACAUCAUCUUGUCAGUCCUUAAACAGUCUGCUCAAAUACAGCCGCAACUUGUGGCUAAUAAGUAUGGUAAAUGUAUUAUUAUUAACAGUUAGAAUAUAAUCCAAAAUUUACAAAUCAUAAACAUCAUUAUAUAAUGUAUGUAUAAGUCCAUAAACAAGAAAGAGUCAAUGUAAUGAAUUGCUGUCAGGGAACACCACGACGCAGGUAGAAUGCCUUUCAGUAGAUAAUGUCCAACAGUAUUGUAGUGGUGGGUGCUCCAACGUGUAGAAUUCAGUAAUGAACAGCAAACAAGCAGAACAGUGUUUCCAGAUUAAGUCAACUGUUUCAAAGACGUAUCUUCGUCAGCAAAUAAUUUCUAAUAAAUUAUCCAUUCAGGUAAAUGUGAUACUUAUAGACCAGUGCUCACUAACCAGUGUAGCCCAACUGUUGGCUACACUGGUUAGUGAGCACUGGUCUAUAAGUAUCAUUACGUUGACUCUUUCUUGUUUAUGGACUUAUACAUACAUUAUAUAAUGAUGUUUAUGAUUUGUAAAUUUUGGAUUAUACUCUGACUACUAGUAAUAAUACAUUUACCAUACUUAUUAGCCACGUGUUAUGGCUGUAUUAGAGCAGAUUAUUCUGUAUUGCAACACAGGGGUUUUGUUUUAGUCCUUAAACAGUUGCAGGGGCAUUUCAUUUGUUUUUCUGGGUGCAAUUCAAAGCACUGGUGUUUGACUUUUAAGGCCAUUUAUGGCUUAGGGCCCAGGAUACUGGAAGGAACUGUGACCUUCACACCAUCCUGCCCAUACAAUAAGGCAACAAUGAAGGCUUUUUAAAAAAAAGUUCUAGACCUGAAUGUUUUUACUGCAGGUUUUUUGUGGUGUUUUAAUAAUAACUUUUAAUUUGAUUUAAAAAAUGACAACAACAACCCAGAAAUUUGUUUAAUUCCGGGCAAGGUAUAACUUUGUUAAUAAAAAGCAAUAAUAGCUAAAUGACACUCCACACCACUUAGCAGCACAAAUUAAGUGUCCCAUUGGACGGCACGUACCUAGGAGAGAUGGCAAGCUCUUAUUGAGGUUUCUGGGAGUGUAUUCUUAUAGGCUUGGCUUCCUUCCCCCUCCGUAUUUGGCCCAUUAGGUACACUCAGCUGAAUGAGCACUUAUUAUCUAUAUCUGUUGUAAUAGCCAAGGUGUGUUAGAGAAAGGUGGGCAACAUUUUUCAGGGGGCAGGGGGAACAUGCUGAAAGUGGGCAGGGCCAGAGCCCAAUGGGUGGGGUCUCUCUUUUCCAUUUUCCUCUCUUUUUCUGCCAUCUCCUUCUCUCUCCCUGCCCAGAGCUCUCAGAUUAUCUCUGCAAAGCUUUUCACCCCCUCACUCGACCCUUCCAUUGCUCAAUUUGUUUUCCUUUUCUGGCCAUUUUUUCCUCCAUCCACCCUUCCCCCCCCCCCCGACUUGGGCUUCACUACCAGCAAGUAAUGAGGCCACAGGUGACUCUUGGGCUGCAGGCUGCCCAUCCCUGACUUACAGGGAUGAACCUUCAAUUGUUUUGACCGGCAAAAUGUCAGAGCUGCUGUCACUCACCCUCAUUUCUCUUGCAGUUAUUCUAUUGGGAGCGACCCAGCAGGGUGGCUGAAGAUUAACCCUGAAAAUGGCAUCAUAGAGACGAAAGCCCCUCUGGACAGGGAGUCUAAAUUUGUGGUAGACAACACCUACACGGCUCUCAUCUUGGCGAGUGACAAUGGUAACUGGGACACAUUUUUAGCCCUUUUCCUUGGGGUCAGGUGCUCCUCCAAGUCCCAGGAAGGAGCAGGCCCUUGCUACAGUGACUGUGAUGGAUAGUUGUGCUAAAUGUUGGAAUCUGAGGAGUUUAACUGUCAUAUCCCAGACCCAAGGAGUGCCCCUCUUGUCCUUUUGAUGCCAGUUCCUCCUGAGAUUUCUGCAUCUCACAAUUUCGCAUUUAUCUUUGAAAAACGUGUACAUUGCUGUGUAUAAGCAUUCAAAGAUUGAGGGGAAACCAUACUGUGCCACAACAAUGAAAACUUCUAAAACAUAGAGCAGGUUAAUAACCUAUCCAUUUCAGUUUCUUAUUUCUUCACGGUUGCACCAUUUUGUGUUUGUUUAAAAAUCUACACACACACACAAACAAUUUCUUCUGGUAUAUUUUUGUUGCAAUUUCCCCUUAACUGAAAUUUUGUAAUCAGCUUUCCCUAAUAUUUGUAGCUUCUUUGCAAACAAAAAGUCCUAUUAUACUGCAUUUUUGCACAUUAUUUUUACUAACUUAAAUACGUUUGCUUCUCUUUAGGGAUGCCUUUGCUCACAGGCACAGGAACUCUUCUCCUGUACCUGGAGGAUGUGAAUGACAAUGGGCCAGUGCCAGACCCACGAUCCUUUGACAUCUGCAACCGGAGCCCUGAACGCAAGGAAUUGAGCAUUGUGGACAAGGAUCUUCCUCCAAACACUCAACCCUUCAAAGCAAUGCUGCUCUUGGGCUCAAGCGCCAACUGGACGGUCGAAGUAAACGGAGGUAAGCUAGUGGGAGGGAUGGUGUCUGCACUCUGCAGACCAGUAUGCAUGUGUGGUGGGAAAUUGCUUGACUGCCUAGCCUUGAGCUGUCCAGGGACAUCUUGUUCUGCUCUACCUAAGAGGCCUCAUUCACGAACAGCAGCUGAGGUGGCAAAGCUGUGCCACCGCUUGUGCUACUUUAGACUGCAGAACAGGAUUUGUGUGACUUUCCCAUGCAUAAAAAACUAGUAAGGCAAGUAGAAGGCUUUAGUAGAAUCCUCCUUCUUGGUAUCUAGUUUUCUAUAUGUAUCUAGUAUUCUUUGUUUUUAUCUUUAAGCCACCUUGAGUGCCAUCAGGAGAAAAGGCAGUGCAUAAAUAAAUAAAUAAAUAAAUCUUUAUUAUAAUAAUACAUGCAGGGAAACUAUAAUAUCAGGAAGGAGGUUUCUAAUCAAGCCUUCUACCUGACUUACUAAUUAUCCUGUCCCCUCUACUUCCUGCAUGGAAAAGUAUGCCAUGGGGUGAGUGGGGUUUUGAAAGCGGUACUGUCCAAAUUUCAAGUUUCCCACCUCAGCUGCAGCUCUGUGAGAAUGAGACAAAAAUUAGACAAUGUGCAUUUGUCAAAUCUGCACGUGUGUUAACCAGAUAAUCUACUGCUGUCCCUUUCCAGAAUCAUUUUAAUAUUCAAGUUGGUUCAUGAUUAGGAUAGAAAAAGGCUGAACAGAGUCUGUUUUUCUUGCUUUGCAAAGCCCUAACCCUGAGCCUGCUUUUUCUCUCUCCUUAUGUUACCUCAUAGAUAAACUGGUCCUCGAAUUGACCAAGCAGCUGGAGCCAGGUGAAUACAGCAUUGCCCUUGAGCUACAGGACGCCGGGGAAGUUUCCCAGACAACAACAGUCAAAGCCCAAGUGUGUGACUGUGAGGGGGCAGCCAAGAAUUGCGAGAAGAGGGCAUAUAUCGCAGGCGGGAUGGGGAUUCCAGCCAUUCUGGGCAUCCUUGGUGGGAUCCUUGGCUUCCUGAGUGAGUAUUUCCUGCAAGGUCUCAUUGUGCCCUUGAAGGUGCAGGGGGGUGGGAAAGUGAUCCAGCCCCCUUCUCAUAUAUUCUGUCCAUUUUAUGUCUGACACCAACACACCUCUCUUUAUAUAUUUGUUAAGUUGAGACUUCUUCAGUUCUGUAAAGCAACUGACAAAUGUAGUAAAUAAUAAUAGGUGGAUUCUGCAACUUCAGUAGACCAUGCACACAGAUGCAGUUGCAGAGAUAAAUGUGUUUUGUCUCUGACACUUGUGCGGAAUGGCACUGGCAGUGGCAGGGAGGAGAAAUGCAAGGCAUUGAAGCUGACCGGUGGAAGUUAUCUGGGUCCUCUUCUUCCCAGCAACUCAGAUUUCGCCAGACAUUCCUGCCUGUCCAUUUUCCAAAGCCAUACAAAAAACCAGUCCGAAAUCUGGUUCCAAAAUGUGAUGGGAAGAUAGAUGUUUUAAUAUCAAGAGCUUCCAGUGGAAAACGGUAGAGCUGGCCAGUGUGAAGUGCUGAGGAGUGGGAGAGAAGAGGACCUAAAGGACACGCUCCUUUGCCAGCUAUUGAAACUUUGGGGUGUGUUUGAGGUAUCUGCAGAUAACACUUCCUCCUGUGCAUCCAUUAAUUUAAACAAGUCUACCUUGAGUAAAACCAUACUGCUGUGCUGCAGAGCUGAUCUGCUUGCAAGCUGCUGAAAGGGGCAGAUAAAUGGCUUGCAGCUCUGGGUGGGCACUGCUGUAGGAAAAGGUAUGCCUGAAGCUGAGACAAAUACACCUGUCUGCCUGUUCUGUAGUUGUGGAAGUGCAGAAUAGAUCCCGCUCUGUUUUAGAGCUCCCUGAAUCAGCCGAGCAGACAGUCCAGGCUGCCAUUCACAGUUGCUUCUCCAACUUUAUUUUCUUCCAGUCCUCCUGCUCCUGCUGCUGCUGUUUGUGAGGAGGAGGAAGGCAGUGAAGGAGCCUUUGCUUCCACCAGAGGAUGACACACGAGACAACGUCUACUAUUAUGACGAAGAGGGUGGUGGAGAGGAGGAUCAGGUGAGCUGCUGAGUCUUAGCCCAAGAGGGAUGGGACUACUUCUGUGGGUUGCCCACAAAAGCCAUCACUGCCCUGCUUUGCAAGUCGUCAUGCCACCUCUUUCCUCCCCUGCACAUUUUUGUUCUUUUGUGAACGUCACAUCUUGCCACCUGACUUGUAGAGUAAGAUAGUCCUGAGGUCACAUUGCAAGCUGGCCACAUCUCUUGAGCCUUUGCUUAGAUCAGGGAUAGGAAACUUUUUUCAGUCUGGGACCACAUUCCCUUCUGGAAGCCACAUGCCAGUGAAGGAUGGAGCAAGAAAUAAAAGUGGGUGGAGCAAUGGGUGGGGCUCUUCUAUACAUAGGCUAUAAGCCCAAGUGGCUUCACACAAACACACACAUGUGCACGCACACGCUCUCCCCCUCUGUUCAUCCAGGCAUAUGAUACAUUAUCAUAGAACAAAGAAGGACACAUUCCCGCCAGGCUAAAACACUCUAGAAGGUUGCAAAGCACAAAGCAGGGCUAGCAAGAGGUAUGUCCUGGGGUGGGGGGAAGCACAGGAGGGACCACAUUCAGCCCCAGGCCUGAGGUUCCCCAUGCCUGGCUUAGAUCAAGCAGUUCCCAGAAAUUUACUUUAUAAUUUACUUUGGCCUGACCACCCAUAUAUUUUAAAAAAUAAAAAUGUAAGAAUGGAUUAAGAAAUGUAUUGAUGUCCCAAGGGAGUAAACAGCAUGUGCUUAUAUACAUUCAUUUCUACACUGGAAGAUGCAUUCUGCCCAUCUCUCACCAUCCUCCUGAUCCUUGUUAACUAAAAAUGUUAUGUCCUGCAAAAGGUCUUAAGCGAUGAGUGGAAAUGGUAGCAUCUUAUACCCUGGACCAUCUUACUUACCUCUGGCAUCUAUUUUCUGAAUGUGUCUCUCUACCCUUCCUAGGACUAUGACAUGAGCCAGCUGCACCGUGGCCUGGAUUCCCGCCCUGAAAUUACCCGCAAUGAUGUUGUUCCGACUCUCAUGCCAGCUCCGCAAUACCGCCCACGGCCUGCCAACCCUGAUGAGAUUGGCAAUUUCAUUGACGAGGUGAGUGAAACUGGCAGCUGAGCCACACAAAAGAGUCCCAUAACAUUUGCUGUCACUGUUAGCAAUAUGUUUGGAUAUUCCUCAUAAAUUGAUGAUGAUGAUGAUGAUGAUACACUUCUGCAGUGGUACUGAAGUGUAAACGGUUUAGCUUUGAUUGACCAAUUAACUGAAGUUUGGGCAUCUGAUAGACAAACAAAAUUGGAUUUUGUUAUUGAUGAGUUUAAGUCUGUUUAGGAAAGAAAAAGAAUUCUUUUAUAGAACAUUUCUCAAGUCACUACAAUUCUUUUUGGAACAAAUUGAUUACUGUAUCCAUUUGCAUGACUGAUAAUUCAAUGAAGAUCUGUCCCAAUUAAUGACAAAUCUUCAGUUUUGGUUAUAUGUAUGUUAUAUUUUCCAGUCAUAUUUUGAUUUAUGUUUUCGUUUUUAUAUUACUAUGAAAAAAUGCAAUACAAAUGUGGUGGUGGUGGGAGGAAGAGCAUGCUUAAUAACAGGGAAGAAAAUUACCCUGUAUCUGCCCAGUGGCUGGUCAUAGAGUGUUCUCCAAAGUCAUGUCUCUAGAUGUGGCCUUGGGGUCAGAGGUCAUGAUUUUCUCCAGAGAGCUGGUACCUCAUUGCUCUAAAGCAGAGGGCCACUAUUGCCACAAUCAACUUGCUCUAAUGUGGAACAAACUGAACACAUCUUCCUUUCCCUUCCUACAGAACUUGAAGGCAGCAGAUACAGACCCCACGGCACCCCCAUACGACUCUCUGCUUGUGUUUGACUAUGAGGGCAGUGGCUCUGAAGCAGCCUCCCUCAGUUCUCUGAAUUCCUCCAAUGGUGACAGAGACCAAGAUUAUGACUAUCUGAAUGACUGGGGCAACCGUUUCAAGAAGCUGGCUGACAUGUAUGGAGGGGGCGAGGAAGAAGACUAG